UAAAAGACUGGGCAUUUGGGGAUGAACAUUAUUCCUGUACCAGUUUAGUAAUCCAGUGGCAGAAAGCUAGAUCUAAUCAGGAUGAAACAAUUCGCACUUCUAGCGAUAUUCUGCACUUUGGGAGCUCAGGCCCUUCCAGACCGCACACCUUACAUCAUUAAUGGACACCAGGCUCCUCAUCAGCCCUACAACGCGUAUGUUUUGUAUCUGAAUGCAGGAAACUCAGGAUUUUUCGGUGGUGGCUCGAUCAUUUCUGAUCGACACAUUAUCACAGCUGCGCAAAAUAUUCAAGGAUUUGUAACUUGGCAGAUUGGUCUUGGGACUAACAUUUUCAGUUUACUGAACACGCUAACCACGACUACAGCUACUCCGCAUCCAAGCUUCAACCCUACCACUAGAGCCAAUGAUAUUGGUAUCAUUACCCUGGUUAAUUCCCUUGUUUUUUCAUCAACUAUAGCUCCUAUUUCGCUACCAGCUUUGACAGAAACCGCUCAACUACCACUGGAGAAUGAAGAAGGAUCCAUUGUUGGAUUUGGUUUUACCACCGCAACAUCAACUGCUCAAGCGCCCUACUUGAUGCGAUCGUACCAGCGAGUUACAACAGUUACCCUUUGCCAGCAGCACUACCAGAUUACAGUUCCAAAUCAAUUCUGUGGUCAAGAUACCGUCGGGUCAUCCAAUAUCUGUAACGGUGACAUCGGGGCCGGUUUUGUAACUAUCGUCCGGGGUAACGCAAUGCUGACUGGUAUUGCAUCUCUGAUGACAUCCAGCUGUGCGAACACAACCCCAUCCGGAUACACACGCAUUGUUCCAUAUAGACAAUGGAUUCAGCAGAUUACAUCAGUGUAAAAAUUUCAAACAGGAUGUUAAAUAACGUAAAUUGUAAUUUCUGAUAAUAAUACAAAAGCGUUUCAAAUAAGAA